AUGGAAAGUAAUGAACAAAUAUCAUAUACAAGAAACACUGAUAAAGUAUUUGAAGUUUUCCAAUCUUUGAGAAAGUAUGUUGUAUAUUAUUAAAUUUGCUAGAGACAUUAAUAUUAGUAAUAAAUCUUUGUUUUUAGCGAUGACUUUUUGUGUGAUGUAAUACUAAAAACUGAUAAUGGAUAUACAGUCAAUGCACAUAAGGUCGUUUUAGCAGCUGCAUGCCCAUAUUUCCUUGCAAUGUUCUCUCAUUUUAAGGAACGGGAAAAAAAACAUAUAAUUAUAAAGGAGUUAGAUCCAACAGCCUUAAAAANUAUUUUUAAUAUUUUAAGAUUUUGUUAGCUGGUUCGACCCUUUUACAAUUGCACAGUAUACAAGAAGUAUGUUGUGACCUUCUAAAACGUAUACUGCAUCCAACUAACUGUUCAGAUAUCUGGACAUUGGCUGAUUUAUACAGCUGUCAGGAAUUCCUGCCAAUCUGUGAAUCAUACAUCAAACAACACUUUUCGUAUGAUAUAUGACAGCUGUUCAAAUUUCUUAGAAAUAUUUUAUUAAUUUAAUUUUUUUUCACAGAGAGAUGGUUAAAAGUGAUGAAUUCCUAUCUUUAUCGUUUGAUCAAUUUUUCAAGCUAAUUUCCAGUGAUGAACUGACCAUAUUGUCUGAAGAAAUAGUAAGGGGAUUAAAAACAUUAAUUAUAUUUAGAUAAAUCAAACAAAUCGAGUUUAUAUUUUAUGUGAUGUAAUCAAAUUGUAUUUUAUUUAUUUCAAUCCUGAUUUUUGAUAGGUAUUGAAAUGCGUUGUUAAAUGGGUGAAUAAUUUACCAAAUUCUAGAAAAGAUGUCUUACCAAAAUUAAUAGCGCAAAUACGCUUCUCAUUAGUGCCAAAAGAAUGUUUAUUGGAAGCGCUGGAAGAACCGAUUAUCAAAAACAGUCCCGAGUGUAUGUUUUUCUUCCAAACUAUAUCUAAUGUGAUUAAAUAUUUUUUAUUAUAUUAAAUACGUAUUUCAGGUCAAGGUUUGAUAAAUGAAGCAUUGCAUAUCUGUUCUAAAGAUAGUCAACUCGUUUUAAAAGAUAUUCAUGGUAAACGUAGACGAGUUUUACAUAUGGUAAGAUUUUGUUAGUAGUUUUUUAAUUAUUAAACUAAGUUUGAGUAUUCCUUCUUAACGGGUUAUAUUAUUGUUUUAGGAAAGAAAGAUACGUGAACCAAUUGUAUGGGAUUUUCCUACAAAUAGCCCAUUAUUUCUGCGUCUUUUAAAUAUGUUUAAUGUUAUGAUAUCUGAAAAUACAAAUUUUAGAUAUCCUAUUGCACUUAGUUUGCCUGUAAGUUAA